ACUCUUGGAAAGCUGGGAGCGAACGGUGGGGCCGGGCAGGAGCAGGUCGAACCGUCCGGGUCUGUUCGUCUCCACUGGAUAAAUUUUGCAACUGCGGAGGAAUUAAAUCCGAUUUUCUUGUUGUUGUUGUUUUUUUUUUAAUUUUUCUUUUUUUUUUUCCCACCCCCUACCCCAAGAUUUUUUUUUUCUUCUUUUUUUUCUUUUUGAGAACGAGAGGGAAGGCAGAGCCGCGCUUCUCUCCCCCCUCUCUUUUCACGCGCUCGAUCUUUUUUAUUUUUAUUUUUGUUUCCCUUGGGGUAGAGGUGCACGCGAGGAGGAAAAAAAAAAAAAAGUAAAGGACUAUGUUUGCUUCGUGGCUGACUUUCGCCGUGCUCUGGGGAACUUUCUGUGCAGGGCCAGGCCACGGGGAGGCAGAGACAAGGGAGUGCAUCUACUACAAUGCCAACUGGGAGCUGGAGAAGACCAACCAGAGCGGCGUGGAGCGCUGCGAGGGGGAGAAGGACAAGCGGCUGCACUGCUACGCCUCCUGGAGAAACAACUCAGGCUCCAUCGAGCUGGUGAAGAAAGGCUGCUGGCUGGAUGACUUCAACUGCUAUGACAGGCAGGAGUGCGUGGCCACAGAAGAAAACCCUCAGGUGUUUUUCUGCUGCUGCGAGGGCAACUAUUGCAAUGAGAAAUUUACCCACUUGCCUGAAGUCACCGGCCCAGAAGUCAUCUACGAGCCGCCGCCCCCGACGCCGUCGCUGCUGAACAUCCUGGUGUACUCGCUGCUGCCCAUCGCCGUGCUGUCCAUGGCCAUCCUGCUGGCCUUCUGGAUGUACCGGCACCGCAAGCCUCCCUACGGCCACGUGGACAUCAUUGAGGAUCCUGGCCCACCACCCCCUUCUCCCCUGGUUGGCCUAAAGCCCCUGCAGCUCUUGGAGAUCAAGGCAAGGGGACGCUUUGGCUGCGUGUGGAAGGCUCAGCUGAUGAACGACUAUGUAGCAGUGAAAAUCUUCCCCAUUCAGGAUAAGCAAUCUUGGCAGAGUGAGAGGGAGAUUUUCAACACUCCUGGCAUGAAGCAUGAAAACCUUUUGCAAUUUAUCGCAGCAGAGAAAAGGGGGACAAACCUGGAGACAGAGCUCUGGCUGAUCACAGCUUUCCAUGACAAGGGUUCUCUGACAGAUUACCUGAAGGGCAACAUCAUCAGCUGGAAUGAGCUCUGCCAUGUUGCAGAAACAAUGGCCCGUGGCUUGUCCUACCUUCAUGAAGAUGUCCCCUGGUGCAAAGGUGAAGGACACAAACCUGCCAUAGCACACAGGGACUUCAAGAGUAAAAAUGUCUUGCUGAAGAAUGACCUGACAGCUGUGCUAGCUGAUUUUGGACUGGCUGUACGGUUUGAACCUGGAAAGCCUCCAGGGGACACUCAUGGACAGGUGGGAACAAGGAGGUACAUGGCUCCUGAAGUGUUGGAGGGAGCAAUCAACUUCCAACGAGACGCCUUCCUGAGGAUAGACAUGUAUGCAAUGGGACUGGUGUUGUGGGAGCUAGUCUCCAGGUGUAGAGCAGUUGAUGGUCCAGUGGAUGAAUACAUGCUGCCUUUUGAAGAAGAAAUAGGUCAGCACCCAUCCCUGGAGGACCUGCAAGAAGUGGUGGUUCACAAGAAGAUGCGCCCCGCGUUCAAGGAUCACUGGCUAAAACAUCCCGGCCUGGCGCAGCUCUGCGUGACCAUUGAAGAGUGCUGGGACCACGACGCGGAGGCGCGGCUCUCGGCCGGCUGCGUCGAGGAGCGCAUCGCGCAGAUCCGCAAAUCCGUCAACGGCACUACCUCGGACUGCCUCGUCUCCAUCGUGACGUCCGUCACCAACGUGGACUUGCCACCCAAAGAGUCUAGUAUCUGAGUGCUGGGUCCUGGUUCACUUUUGUCUUUCCAGACUCAGCGGAUUUAAAAACAAACAAACAAAAAAACGACAAGGAAAAGAGUUUAAAGAAAAAAAAAAGUACAAAAAAAAAACAAAAUCACAAAAAUUCAACAAACCCAUGAAUGCAGCUGCUAUUUUAUCUUGACUUUUUAUUAUUAUUGUUAUUAUUAUUAUUAUUUUUUUGGAUUGGAUCAAUUUUACCAGCACAUUGCUCUACUGUAUUAAAAAAAAUGGACAUUUCAGCAAGCAUUCAGGUGCCGACUAAUGAAUGCAGAAAAGGUGCAGGUACCUCAGAACCUCAACAAACUCACUUCAGUUGUUUUUAUUUUAUUCAGUUUUCUGGGUUUCUCUUUAUCAGUUUGUCUUCUGAGCAGAGCAUCUGUGACAUAAAGGAAAACCACCUACCACCUUCGAAAACGCAAUGCUGCAAACUGUGGAGGAAACUUAAGACUGUUAUGUAAAGAAUACACCUUCCUCAAAAGCAUUUUUUCCCCAUGUUGGUUUUGGGUUCAGUUCCUUUUUUAUUUUUUUAAUUUUUUUUUUUUUUUGGAAGUGAGCUUCAGAAAAAAACAGCAGAUGUGUCUUUUACGGAUCUAACGGGUGUCAUUGUAACAUGGGAAAAAAAAAGUAACUGGGCAGAGAAUGUUAAUUCUUGAUGGUAUAAUUGAAGGGGGGAGCGUAGAAUAGGGGUGGGGAGAGUGACGUUGGACUUGGCAGCAUUUGGGGAAACAUCAUUUGCUAUGGAGCUACUUCUCAGGUAACCAUUAGAGGAGGGGAAGGACAUUUCUGGGCAGAGUAUUUACGGCUGCAGCGUAUGGAGAAAGCGGAGUUAAAGAGGCAGUGGUUGGAAGACAGGCACUUGUUUCUUCCUCCAGAGUCUGGGGUUGGGUGGUAAAAGAACAAAACAGGACUAUAACUUUUAUUUUUCAGUUCCAGGUAGUAGUAGGAAGGAUGCUUUCAAUGCCAUCAGGACAGGUGGGGAAGUGUGAUUUCAGAAGCACUUUGGUAAAAUACUGGAAGAUGAGAAAAUUUUUGCAUCUCAUUUUAAGCGUGAGUCAGCUGAGACAAUUUGGCCUUGGGUUGAUUAUCUUUCAGCCCAAGCUAAUGGCGCAGAUGGUGGAAAGAGGAAAAGGGUGAACGCUGGUUAUAUAAAUUUUUUUUCUUUAUUAAUUUGGGACUGGGGGAGUGAAUGGUGGCAGCUGGCUCCUGUAGCAUCUGAGAGCUGCCUGGCUGCAGGGAGCUGAGGCAGCUCAGCAGCAGCAGUGAUUCCCACAGCACCUCUCCCACUGGUUUCUUUGACGCUGCUUUCUCCUUACUCUGUGAUGAAAAUCUUUUGUCUUAAAGUGGUGCAUAUUCAAAAAUACCGUUACUCUUAUUAUGCCAUAAACUCGCUCUAGUCAGUGAAUGUUCCUAA